UCGACACUUCUCGUUUUAUACUACAUAGAAUAAGAAACCUGAACUAAAAAUGAACUUAUAAAUAAUAUUUUCCUUAUUACCAUACAUCAGUUUAUAUUAUUUCAGAAAAACCAUAUGCUCACUAUCCUUACUAACAUAAUAUCUAUUUUCACCUAGCAUCGUGUUUCUCUAAAUAGUUGAAAAAAAAAAUAGUUGAAAAAAAACUACCUACUUCAACAAACAAUAUGUUUGACAUCAACGGACGGUCGGUACUUCAACAAACAAUAUGUUUGACAUCGACGGACGGUCGGUACCUUACCCAUGUGGCUGCUCGAUCAGUGUGUAUCCAGUCUUUUGUCCGGUGUACACACAUUUUGCGUUUACAGUUUUUCUCAACAGAUAUUCAGAUACGGAUUUAUCUACUUAUAUAAUAUUUUUAUUUAUCAUAGUAGGUAUUUAUAAUUUUUAUAUUUCGUUUGUGAUAAUCAUUACCGGUAAAAAAUGUAAGUAUUUUGUUUUAUAUUAUUCGUAAGAUAUUUUAAGAAUUACAUAUAAUCCGAUUUUUAGAUGUCAAAUAAUUCAUCACCGAGUACUCCGGUAUAUGGAGGAGAUGAGUAUAAUCGACGUCUGGCCGAAAUACAUAGCCAGUCUCCAGUUUUCAUCAACAUGGAUGAGCAUGACUUUUUCGUAUAUGGUGAAAUGACUCAAUCCGGAGAUAGUGGUUACUCGACUAACCAGAGCACGCAAGUUGAAAAUAAUGAUUGGCAUAGGGCAUUUUCGCCUAUUCAUCCCCCUGCAACACCAUCACCACCUCGACUAUCACAGAUGGAGAAUUGUCAACGUUCUUUGACACCGGUUCAGCCUGUCUUGUUGGAAGAAGCUUCGCUAGACAUGUUUCCGCCGACAACACCGAUAGCAUACGUACUGAGGGUGAGAAACGACCUUUUUCCAGACUUAGAUUCCCAGUCCUCAGUUUCACAUAGCACGGUAGAAAUUCCUCGGGUCAUGUUAACCCCCGAAUAUAACAUGCUUUUUGAAGGGGAAAAUAUGAAUACGUCACAUCAUUCUGGAGAGCAGACAGCAGAAAUGGAUUGGAGUGAAGAUGGAAAUAACGAGGAGUUGAUCAGUCAUAUGGAGGCAUAUGAAGAUGAUGAAGAACUUAACCGACACAUGGAUGAAUAUGAAGGUUUUUGAGGGGGGUGUAAUAAUUAUAUUAUUUAUUAUAUAUUAAUAAAUAUUUUUAAAUUUUAAAACCAUGCAUUCAAUAAUUUAUAUUUUUUUAAAUAUUUUGUUAGUGGUAAUUUUAAAAGUAGCAUAUGGUCGCUUUUCUUGCUAACUAUUUUUGUA